UCGCCCAAAAUCAAAAAGGCUCUCGUCGUCGACGGGAAAGUAAAAGAAGAAACAAACAAAAGAGGGAAGAAGAAUAAACAAACUCCUCCGUUCCGACGAAGAUGAGAGCCGGAAAAGCAAAUCAAGAGGAGGACGAUUACGGAGAAGAAGACUUCGGCUCCAAACGGGAAGGUCCUUCCAACAACCACAACAGUAACUCCACCGCAGCAGCGAGCAGAGAUGCAAAGGAAAACGAUAAGGCUAGUGCGAUACGCUCUAAGCAUUCGGUGACUGAGCAGAGGAGACGAAGCAAAAUCAAUGAAAGGUUUCAGAUAUUGAGAGAAAUCAUUCCCAAUAGUGAACAGAAAAGAGAUACUGCUUCCUUCCUUCUAGAGGUCAUAGAUUACGUCCAGUAUUUACAAGAGAAGGUGCAAAAGUAUGAAGGAUCAUAUCCUGGUUGGAGUCAAGAGCCAACUAAGUUGACUCCUUGGAGGAAUAAUCACUGGCGAGUUCAGAGUUUAGCUAACCCUCCAGUAGCUGCUGCGAGUAAUGGAUCUGUUCCAGUUAUACCAUAUCCUGGAAAGUUUGAAGAAAACACUGUACCCUCUUCCGCACCUGCAAUCGUUGCGGAAAUGCAAAACCCUGUUGACUCUGAUCUAGGAAGAGUUUACAAACCAAUAGACAGUCAUCACGAGUUAGACCACGAUGACGACAAGGAGUUACCGCCUGUACAACCAAUCAACCAUCCAACAUUUGUACACGGUGAACAAGGUGACGGGGCAGGCCAAAGUAAUAACGACCUGGUUAUUGAAGGUGGAACCAUUAGCAUCUCCACUGCUUACUCUCAUGAGCUGUUGAGCUCAUUAACACAAGCACUCCAGAACGCAGGCGUUGAUCUGUCUCAUGCUAAACUUUCCGUGCAGAUCGAUCUUGGGAAGCGAGCCAACCAAGGACUAACGCAUAACGAUCCAUCCAAUAAGAUUCCAUUAUCCUCUGAUACUGAAGGCUCUACACCAUCAAGGGGAGAAUCUGAACAUGCUCAUAAGCGGGUGAAAACACUGUAAUGUCGUCUCUCCAAUGCUCUGGAAUAUAUAAUAUCUUCUUUUAUGUACAUUUGUUCGGCUUCUAGAGGCAUCAUCCUAUGAUUGUUAAGAUAAUAAUUAUGGUUAGUAGAGUCUAUCGUUUCUCAUGGUUUUGAGUUUGUAUUAUCUUCUGCAUCAUUCAUCAUUGUAACCUAUCAAAUAUAAUCUCUUGUUGAAUAUUAGAUUCUGUUUCAAGUUCUUGUUA